GUCUCCGUCUUUCACAAGUCACCACCAUGGAAUCAACACUUCACAUUUUUAUCGCACUCUACACGGGUGCAUACAAAGUAAAUAUUGUAGUGGCAGCACCAGUUCCAAACUCUGCAAAGCCAACAGAGGAUUAUGAGCCGGCGAUUCCGACGCUCUAUAAAACCAUCGAGUAAUACUGUACAAGUGGACAGCUCUCCCACAUUGGAAUAUUGCUCUUUAUGCAGAGGAUACACUUCACCGAUUGUUGGCCUUGAAGAGGAUAUUCAACUGACGCAAAGGUUUCCUUGAAGAAUAUUGUUUCUGUGAAAGCAUGGACCCAGAUAAAACUGAACUGCAGCCAUUUCUCCACCUGAGUUAACCUGGUUAUGAGAACGUGUAUCCCCAUAGCAAAUUGGCAGGAGGCAACAUGUUUCUGGAGGCUGUCCAGUGGGGGGCGUGGAGCAUCCUGAUUCUGUGGGUGGCAGGGGCAUCUACAGCUCCCGAGCUCUCAAGGCCCUGCCCUCAGCAGUGCGAGUGCCACCAGGGGACAAAGGAGGUGAACUGUUCCAGGAGGCAGCUGACUUCUGUGCCCGAGAGUGUCUCGAGUGACUCCCGGCGCCUGGAUUUAGCUCACAACCAUCUGAAGACACUCAGCCGUAGGCAGUUCUCGGGCCUGGCUCAGCUACAGGAGCUGGACCUGAGCAACAACAUAAUCUCCAUGAUUGAGGUUGAGGCGUUCCAGGGUCUGCAAAGCCUUCAGAUCCUUCGGAUCAAGAGCAACCGUUUGAAGAUCAUUCCCGUGGGUGUCUUCUCAGGACUGUCAAGCCUACGUACCCUGGACAUCAGCAAGAAUGAAAUCCUGGUUUUCCUGGACUACACCUUCCGUGAGCUGAUCAGUCUGCAGCAGCUGGAGGCUGGGGAAAAUGACCUGGUUUUCAUUUCACAACGGGCAUUCAUGGGUCUCCAAAACCUGCAGGAGCUCAACCUGGACAGCUGCAACCUGACCUCCAUUCCCAUUGAGGCCCUGUCUCAGCUCCAGAAUCUCACAAGAAUGCACCUGCGCCGGCUAAGCAUUAGCAUUCUGCCAAGCGCCUCCUUCCACCGGUUGAGCCACUUGCGCGAUCUAAGAAUCUCACAGUGGGCUUCUCUAGACACUCUGACCAGCAAAAGUCUCACUGGACUUAACCUCACCUCCCUAUCUAUAAAUAAAUGCAACCUCAGUACUGUCCCCUAUGCCUCUAUCCAGCAUCUAGUCUUCCUCCGCUAUUUGGAUCUUUCGUACAAUCCCAUCACUGUGGUGCGUGGGAACUUGCUUGCUGACCUGAUCCAUCUCCAGGAGUUCCACUUGGCGGGGGGCCGCCUGGUCAGGAUCGAGCCGGAGGCCUUCAAGGGACUUGCUUACUUGCGCCUGCUCAACGUUUCCUCAAACCAGCUGCCAACACUGGAGGAGGGAGCCCUUCACUCUGUAGGGAAUCUGGAGACCCUGCGGCUCGAUAACAAUCCUCUGUCCUGUGACUGCCGAUUGCUUUGGGUGGUACAGCGUCGUCUGCAGCUGGACUUUGAUGGGUACCAGCCCUACUGCUCAGCCCCAGCUGUUGUGCGGGGUCGUGCAUUCUGGGACUUUACAGAGGUUGAGUUGCCAGACCUGUUCACCUGUCGACAGGCCCAGAUCCUGGACCACAAACCCCAGGAUGUUAGGGUGGAAGAGGGCAGCAGAGCACUCUUUCAUUGUAUGGCGAAUGGGGACCCCCCUCCCUCCAUCACCUGGAUGACCUCCCAGCAUGUUGUCCUUUUAAACACUGGCAGGAUCAGAGUUUCAACCAACGGGACACUGGAGAUACGGUAUGCUCAAGUUCAGGACAGUGGCUCUUAUCUGUGUACAGCAAGUAACAUUGCUGGGAAUGACAGUUUUUCUGUCAGCCUGCAAGUGUCAGCUGUCCCCAACUCCCGGAACCGCACUGCACCCUACUUUUCUGAAGUGGUAUGGACAGUACCCUCCACUCCCACUGCCACCAACUCCUCUGCCCCAGCCCCUGACCCCUUCCCAUUUGAUGCCAAGACUCUCAUUAUUGCCAUGACCAUGGGCUUCCUGUCCUUCCUCAGCUCAGUAAUCAUCUGCUUUGUUUUCAUGUUCGUCUGGAGUCAGAGCCAGGGACAGAUCAAGCACACUGCCACCAUCAAUUUUGUUCCCCGUGCCUCGAAGAGUGGCGGCGGUGGGGAUGGUAAUGACUCAGGCAGGUUCACCAUGAAGCUGAUUUAAAUAUGGCCCAGAGUGGGCCCUUCUCAACACACAAAGUGAAUUUAAGAUGCAAGGUGCUGUGAAUUUGUCAGGGGUGGACACCACAGCUACCACUGAUGUUAACGAGGAACAAUGCAGUAGAUGAAGUGGCUUGGGUUUCUCAGACAUGGAUGAGAAGCAGGGUUUCAAUGCAAUCAGAGUAUUGUUAUCUCCACAUCAUACUUCCAUGCUUAGCCUUUCUGUAAUGAGACAUGCACAUCAUGCUUGAUGAUAUGACAUAAGAUUAUAACAUUUUAUAGGGGCAGUUUGCCCAAAAAUGAAAUUAAGGGGGGAAGUGUAACAAGUAAAUAGUAUGUGUAUAACACUAUGAGGAAUGCUAGAAGUUAAAUGAACAGCUAAACAAUGCAAAUCACUGUCAAACAUGACUAUACUACAGUAUGUUAAUUAUCUUUUCACCUUAAUGCAAAACAAAAUGGAAGUCCUGACAAAGACCGCUAUUUUAAAUGUAUUGACUCAAUUCUGGAAACAAUAAAUGGUCCUUCCAAUAUUUAUUAUUUCUGCCUGUGAGUUACAAACUUUAUAGCCCAGUUCAUUGAAUCAGCUCAGAUUUCAUUUUCGUGGUAGGCAUGUUCUGUAAUAGGAUCAAUAAGUAAUUAUAAUAAUCGAUUGUUAAAAAUAGGAAUAAAUUUGAUCAGAUUUUAAUGUUUCCCCUCGCUUGGUACAAUAUGUAUUGACAUGACUAUCAAUAUAUGUAUAUUAUUUAUCUUUUUGUUAAGGUAAUUCCAUUUUGAAAUUCAGUGUAUAUGAGCAAAAUACAGUUUAAUACAAAAGCUGCUUUUAGGACUGAUUAAUCUAUGUAUUAAUUCAAGAAAUAAAUUCAAGAAAUAGUGCGUGGAAUGCAUGUAUUUAUGGUUAUAAGCAGUGCAUUUAAGGCAUAUUACAAUCAGCAUACAAAGCAUCAAUAUUAUGGGUAGUAUCCAUUCAAAAAUGGUAGACUGUGGCCAUAAAGGGAUGCACAUUGUCAGCAACAAUGUUUACUGUUGGUAUGUUAUAGCAUUCAAAUGAUGCUCAGUUGAUAUUGAGGGGCCUAAUGUGCGCCAAGAAAACAUUCCCCACACAAGUACACUAUAACCACCCCAAGCAUUUACCAUUGACACAAGGCAGGAAGGAUCCAUGGAUUCACGCUGUUUACACCAAAUUCUGACUCUACCGUCUGCAUGUAGCAGGAAAAAUCAACAUUCGUCAGACCAGAUGUCGUUUUUCCAGUGUUCAAUCGUCCAGUUUUGGUGAUCAUGUGCCCACUGUAGCCUCAUCUUCAUGUUCUUAGCUGACAGGAGUAGAACCCAGCAUGGUUUUCUGUUGCUGUAGUCAAUCUGUUUCAAGGUUUGAUGUGUUGUGUGUUGAGAGAUGCCCUUCUGCUGUAAACAGCUGUUGUGGCCUUUCUUUUGAACCAGUCUGACCAUUUUCCUCUGAACGCUCUGAUUAACUAGGUGUUUUCACCCACAGAACUGCCAGUCACUGGAUGUUUUCAUGUUUAUCAUAAAAUUCUCUGUAUACUAUAGAGACUGUAGUGUGUUAAAAUCCCGGCAUGACAGCUGUUUCUGCUGGAACCAUCAUGUCUGGCACCAACAAUCAUACCACUGUCAAAGUUGCUUAGAUGUGUCUUGCCCAUUCAAAUUUUUUUUCUAGGUUUUCACACCAUAAUUCAUAGAAAUUCACAGUUCACGGUUUUCCACAUCGCUCAUUUUAUGGAUGUCAAAAGCUUUUUAAAACUGAUAAUACCUAGAAAAGAAACAACAAGAUUGCUGUUGGGGAGAUGGAAAAUAGGUGUUUGGAUAUUAUACUGUAGGCAGGGAUGUUACUGUUCAAGGUCUCCGGAUAAUACUUUUGUGCAUUUGUUGACAAUUUUUUCAUCAGUCUUGAUAAAGAAAACACUAUUUUCCAGUCUCUAAACACAGUAUUUUGUUUAGUACCAGAUGAGAUGAUCUGGCAACAUCAAACAAACAUCUAAGGAAUGUUUUGGAUUCAAGAAUAUGUGGACAGUAUUCAGAUUGCCACAAUUAAUCUUGCACUUAAGUAUAUCAAUUGCACAGAUUAUCAACUGGUUACGUAUGCUAAUUAUAUACUUUCCUAUGAUGUGUUGGUAUUUUACUUGUGAAAUGUAAUCUUUCUUCAUUUAAAAUUCUUUAAAUGGCUAUAUAUAAACUCCCAUUGUGCACUGCAUUGUCUUUGUAAUCCCCCUGAAUUUAGGGAUUGUUCAGGUUAUGAAAACAGUGGCUGAAAUACAUUCUGUUGCAAAGAAUGAGUCGUGUGGGUUGUACAUUAUGUGAAGUGAAACCCUGAAAGAAAAAUGCAGAUUUGUGGUAGGCCUAAUAUAAUGUAUCGCUCAGCCUAAGCAAGCCACUGAAAGAAUUGCUGAUUUAUUUCUCCCCUGAACCUGUUCACCAGUAUAUUGAAAAUCAUGUAAUUUGACAAGUCAUGAAAGACAAAGACAAUUUGCAUGAAUAAAAUAUGAAUAUAUCAGGA